UCAACGUGCUUUUUAAUAGUCUAACACCUCCAGGUAGUAAUUGCAAGUAUCGUACCCAUGAAGUCCAGAUAAUUAAUCUGUCCAGCAACGCACUGUUAAAAGUCAGGUGGGCUCCAAAACAGUCCUAACCAGCAUGCUCUACUGCCUCCUCUAAGGCAACAGCUGAAGGGCAGACCUCUAGGAUAAAAAGCUGUCGAGCCUUCCCCAUUCCUAAAUUAUCCCAACUGACCCCAAAGCCUCUCUGGGAUUCUAAUCUCUGCGCACCCUGCAGCCCACCCCGAGUUCCCGGCAUCCUCUGGGUUCCCCCUUCCUGGCGCCAAAACGCUGCGCAGGCUCCUUUCCUCCAGGCUGGUUGCUAGGUGAUCUCCGAGGGCGGUCCGAAGUCUCAAGAGGGCAAACCAGUUGAGGGGCGGGGCUGGGGCUGCAGAACUCAGGCAGUGAGGUUCCUUUUAGUGGCUGGGUCCUGCGUCCUCCGUGAGAUCCCAAGAUAUUCUUAUCGCACGGAAACGACUACUGGCCUGGCCAGAGGACUCGGGGCGUGAGCGAGGUGCUAGCCCCAACGGGACAAUAGGACGGUGAGGUACGGAGAAGGAAAGCGAGCGCGCCCCGGAAAAUGAGCGCCUCCCCACACCGUGGUGUCCAGGAGUGAGUGCCAGAGGGAACUCGGCUGCGGGGAGUUGUGGCCUUAUCGUGCUUCCCGCCAAGAACUUGGUACUGUUGGGACACGGCUGAGCGUGCACACGCCCGCAUCUGCUCCUCCUCUGCAGUGGAAGACACCCGCGGAGUGUGACUGAAUACGGGCUCUCUCCUGAGGCCAGAGUAUCCCCAGCAGCCUACCCGUUAUAUUACAAGAAAUCUCACUUCAAACACUGGAAGAGAUGUCAGAAGAUUCAGAAAAAGAAGACUAUUCGGACGGAACAAUCAGUGAUGAAGAUGAAUCGGAUGAGGAUAUGUUCAUGAAAUUUGUAAAUGAAGAUCUUCAUCAGUGUGCACUUUUAACAGCCAACUCUUUUGGUGAUCCCUUCUUCCCCCGGACUACACAGAUACUAUUAGAAUAUCAGCUAGGGAGAUGGGUGCCACGUCUUCGUGAACCACGGGAUUUAUACGGUGUCUCUUCUUCUGGUCCACUGAGCCCAACACGGUGGCCAUACCAUUGUGAAGUCAUCGAUGAAAAAGUCCAGCAUAUUGCCUCCUCAUGACAUCCGUGGCAGAAGGAAUGAAUAAGGAACAAUAAAGGAAAAUCCCUACUGCUCCUACUGUGACUUCUCCCUAAUUUCUCUCCAGUAGCAGUGAUGAGAGACUGAGAGCAGAAGAGACCCAAAAGGAAGAGGAAAGCAACACCCAUCCUGCCACUGCUUCUUAGUGUCACUUCCAGCCCCAUGUACUCGUUCCACUCAGCUAAGUUCCACCUCAUCUAACUAGAAAACCCUUCUGUCACAUCCUUGCCACAUCUUUCUGUUCCUUACAUUUCCCAGCCCUCACUUUCAGCCUUCAUUUUGCCCUCUGUCAUAGGAGUCACCAUCAGAAGUUCAGAGUGGGGAGAGUUUCUACUCUCCUUGUUUGCCUGGUAAUCCCCCCGUUUCUCUUGAGGUUCUUCCAGAUGAGGGCAGCUGCGUUUCUAGCCUCUUCUAUUGAAAUUAUAAAUAUAUUUUCUAACCAACAAUACUGUUUUAAGAGUGGCUAGAGUUUAUGGUGCUAUCUUUCAGAUACCUUAUAUAAUAAAUAGUCUUUGCGUUCUGCGAACCCAGCCUCCAUUCUGGUGAAGGUGCAGUCACCACACAGUACCGGUGCAGAUGCAGCCUCCGUAAGCAUACGUUUCCCAAGAUCCCCAGAGUCAUGACGUCACACAGCUAUCGGUGACACUACCUGUGCAAGAUAGAGUCAGACUGGAUAAAAGCUUCAUUGGGGGUUAUCCCACUGCUCAUUUAUUUUCAGUCUGUGUCCCUGAAGUUUUUGCAAAUUCCACCGGUCCUUAAGCCAACUGGAACACCCACUGCAAUACAUCCCUGUGUAGGAGAAUCAGAAUCUUCUCCCACCUGUCCUUGAUGGCUCUUUCCACUUUGCUUGCUAGCAUUUCAGAAAGCUUACUUCCCAUUGUCUUACAUAUUGUUGUAGACCUUGCUUUUGUCACCUGACUAUUGCAAAGAUUUUAUAAAUUUAGAUAUUUGAAAGGACUUGUAAGACUCCACAGAGCAUUCUUAUGUGUGGCUUUUAUUUAAAGGCAGAGGAUACGGUGCAGCGAGAGAAAGAUACCAUGGUAAACAUGAGAGCCCACGUGCUAGCUUUCCAGGGGCCUUAUUCACACAUAGACUACCUGUGUUCAGAUUGAAACACUAAGAUCUAUGUGAUUCAUCUUAGCUUCAGAAGACCUCAAGGCAAAAGUUCCCAUCUGGGUUUUUAGGCCCCUAUAGUCCUGUCAUCAAAUCAGGCUGUCUUCCUGAUUCUGCCAAAUGAAAACCAUCAGUAAACAAACUGGCCAUGAUAACUGGGUUAUCAAGGGGAGUUUCAGACUCCUUGUUAACAGUGUAUCAUUAAUCUUACUGUUCUUAUCUUGGCCAAGAGUCCAAGCUGGACAGCCAGAAUUCCCCAGAGGUAAAAACAGCUUUUCCAGUUCAGCUAUAAAUUAACUCUGUCUUACACAGCCGUCUAUCUUGAAAGUCUUUCCGUAUCAGUUUACAUAUAUUAAUCUUUUUAUAAACUGGUAUGUCAGAUUUCAUUAAAUGGAUGAAUCAGAAUUUCCCUAACUGGUACCUUAUUGAUAAAUUUUAGGUGUUUCCAAUCAUUGGUUCUGACAGAACUGCAUAAAUAUCCUUUUAUGUGUGGCCUAAUGCACAUAUACAUAUAUAUUUUAGGUAUAAGAAUUUCUAUCCUAGAAUUUCUGGUAUAAGGAUACUGUCAAAUUUUCAUCCAAAAAGAGUUGCACUAACUUAUAGUCAUAAAAGCAAACAGUUUAUGACUAUGGUCAGGGGUCCUCAAGAUAACUCACAUUCCACGAUUUGCUACAAGGACUCGCAGAACUCAGAGAAGCCAUUAUACUCAUGGUUAUGGUUUAUUACACUGAAAGGACACAGAUUAAAAUUAGCAAAAAUAAAUGGCGUAUAGCAGCGGUCCCCAACCAUUUUGGCACCAGGGACCAGUUUCAGGGAAGACAAUUUUUCCACAGAUGUGGGGGGAUGGUUUUGGAAUGAAACCGUCCCACUUCAGAGCAUCAGGCAUUAGAUUCUCAUGAGCAGCGCACAACCUAGAUGCCUUGCACACACACAAUAGGGCUUGCGCUGCUAUGAGAAUCUAAUGUUGCCGCUGAUAUGACUGGAGGCAGAGCUCAGGUGAUAAUGCUCGCUCACCCACUGCUCACCUGCUGCUGUGUAGCCUGGUUUCUAACAGGCCACAGACCAGUAGUAGUCCAUGGCCUUGGGGUUGGGGACUCUUGCUUUGCAGCAGUGUCCAGAUGAGACCAAGCACAAGCUUCCAGUUGUUUUCUCCCUAUGGAGUCUUAAUUAACAGCACUUAAUUCUCCCUGCCAUAACCUGAGAUAAUAUGAAAUACUGCUAAUCAUCCAACUUUGGUGUCACUGGUUCCUACUGCAGAUUGGUUAUAUCUACAUGCAGUGCCCACAUGGCUGACCUCAGUUACUUAGUCUCUGGACUUUCCAGGGGUCAAAAUUGAUAGUGUGUGUCCAAGGCCUCUACCACUACCACCACAAUAAAUCAAUUGUUAGCAUAAACUAUCUCACAUAGCCCAAGGUCCCAGGUAGACAAAGAUACUCUCAUGAGGCAAGGUAUUCCGAGGCCUCAGAGGUUAUCUCCCAGAAGUUUAGCAAGGUCCAGACCAUUCUUUACAAUGUACAGCAUUUGGACAACCCAGGCCUGCUGAGUUAAUCAUUUACACACAGGCCACCCGUGGUCACUUGGCCUAGGCUCUCUUACAGCAAAACUAUCAUAUAUGUCUAAGCAUCUACAUUUAGUAUAGCAUUCUUAUAAAAGACAUAGUGAUAGUGUCAAUAUGAUGCCUAAAAUUUUGAGGAGCAAGUGUGGGGUAGGAAUAGAUUUAGUGAAACAACUAAUCAGUCCUAUAAAGCCAUUAGACCUUUUCAUAGUUUUUAACUAGUAUGAUUAUCUCCUAUUUUAAUAUUCUGCUAUUUAUACCUUUUGACAAACUUAUACAUACAUACUCAGCAUAGAAAUUAACUCAUAAUUAAGUAGAUCCAGUUCUUACUCAGCCCACUUUUCAUUGAUAUUACAUAUCAAUCAUGCUGUGAUUCAAUUUUCCAAUACAUUUGAUCAUCGUCAUAUGACUUACUUACAUAAGGAAGAAGAAUCAUACCAACAAUGCCCGUGUUAUACUGUAUCUGCAGUAUUGUAGUAGAUGUAACCUGAAAAAUAAGAAUCAAAAGAUAACGGCCUGUUACUAGAGUUCCACUGUGGUAUUAACAAUUAAUUGGUCCAGUUCAUCAUUAUAUCAUAUGACCAGAAUGUCUCCCAGAGCAAUGCCACUCAAGUUCACAGGCUUCCAUUCAGCCUUUUCAGGUUCUAAGAGCAGGGCUGGCCUUAGAAAACUGACUUCACCUUUUUGGGCAUCUAGUAAAAUGAAGCUAAGAGACAACUGUCAUCUUGCUCUGAGCCUCUCUCAAAGCACCAAUGUAAUACUAACUUUUCCUCAUUACCUAAUCCAUUUAUUUAUUCCAUGCCUUGGCUAUUUCUCCUAUUUUUCACUUGUCACAAUUUUUUACCCAAACAUUUCCACCUUUGAAAGAGUUGUUAGGCUUAGCUACUGUGCUGGUGUAGAUUGCCAGCAGUAUUACCAGUCUAGCUCGUGCCUCCUUUCAGCUCAUUUCCCUUUAUAUACAGUAAGGAUAUGUAGGUAUAGAACUAGUGGGCUACCUUGACCACCAGACAAUACAGCUGCAUUCACUGUCAAUCCAAAUUUUGCCAGAUGGGGUGAAGACACAGUCUACCCCAUUAUGCCUACAGCAAUUCUAACAUAAAGCUUUAAAUAAGUUUCCUGCUUAGGAAUCAUUCCUGUUUCUAGACCUGCAGUCUCCAACCACUGCCCCAAUUUGGAAAAAAAAGAAAGUUGAGAUGAUGUGGGAAAUCACUUUGUAGUUUGUACCAGUGUCCUCCUCCAUCCCUUCUUCCCUAGAUCCACCAUAAAAGAAUUUGUCAAGUGGAAACUCGCUCUCGUCCGCCCCAUGUUGAAUGUGCACACAUACUCAUGAAGGUAUAUAUACAAACCCCUCCUGCCUUUAUCAUCCCCCAUUUUAGACAAUGUUUCAAUUACCUUUUUCAAUUCUCUAGUUAAACCACUAGUCCAUUUUGAUGUGAUAUCUUUUUGCCCAUCUUAGACACUAUGGGCUAUGAAGUGUGUUUCUUGGUCUGAAGAAAUAUAACUUGAUGGUCCAAAUUGGCACAGUAUCUUCUGUUUCAGUCCUUUCAUAGUAUUUUAAGCAUUUGUACCCAUGUACCUCUGGGGGUGCAAAGCCUAGUCCAAAGUAAAUGUCUAGUCCUGUCAGGACUCUUUUAUAGACUACUCUAUAGGUAGUCUCCUGGGGCUACCACAGCAUUCUGAUGUUACUUAUCAGCUGUGUGUGCCACCUUCUCCCUAGGAAAUCUGCCCGUAGCCACCUGUGGUCUCUCUCUUGUAGUAUUUAUUUGUAUUUUGUGCCUCAGAGAGAACAAGAGAAAUAUGCUAACAGUCAGCCUGUGCCUACAUUUCUACAUGUCUCUCAUUUCCAUUUAUUUCAUGGACCCACAUGCCCACCUCAAGUAAGCACACCAAGUUUUCCACUUACUGGGUCCAGUCAUCAUCUGAUCCUGAAAGAGGGUUCUUCUGCUGGGCAUUGACAUGUCCUACUUUAAUUUGCCCCUAAAUUCCCAUGGUGAUUUCCAUAGGAUGGUGCCCCAUAUGGGGCAUCUAAGUUUUUAAUUGCCCAUCUAUUUGACCAUAUGGCCAGCCAUUGCCCCUGCCCAAAUUUUGAUUAUUUUAAAAUGGAACUUUUAUACUUGUUCAGUUUUUUCAUCACUGCAUGGACAGCAUAUAGUUCAGCCUGAGCAGAUGUUUUUACCUUCUUCGAUCAGAACUUUUCCGUCAUUGGAUGUAGUACAAUGGCAUUCCAAACAGCAUGUUGACUAUCUACCUUGCAACUGCCUUACACUGUCCCAGUCACACUGUCCUGUAUAAACCAUUUCCAUUUAUUAUGGAGCCCUUCUGGGCACUGCCUUAUCAGAGUGUUCCUUUCACAUCACAAUGCUUUCACAAACGGGCAUUUCAAGUUUCACGUUUAUAUGUCCUUCAGUAUAAUGGUUAAUUUUAUGUGUCAGCUUAACUGGACCACGGGAUACCCAGGUACCUGGUAACACAUUAUUUCCAGAUGUGCCUCUGAGGGUGUUUCUGGAACAGAUUAGUAUUUGAAUUGGCAGAUUCCUAAAGAAGAUCCACCAUCACCAGUGUAAGGAGGUGGGGCAUUAUCCAAUCUAUUGAGGGCCUGCCUGAAUAGAACAAAAGGAUGGAGGAAGGGUGAAUUCUGUCUUCUUGAACUGCGAUAUUCAUCAUCUGCCCCCAGACAUCAGAGCUUUUGUUCUCAGGCCUUUGGACUUGAACUGAAUUACACCACCAGCUUUCCUAGUUCUACAGCUUGCACACAGAUUAUGAGACUUCUCAGUCUCCAUAAUUCUAUGACAGUGUACAUACACAUAUGUAUAUAUUCACUAAUAUAAUUCCUAUAAUACACACACACACACACACACACACACACACACACACACACAGCAUUUGGGAACCAAUUACUGACUUGCUAUUGGACAUUAGCAAGUCAGUAAUUGGUUAGAAAUUAGUUCUGACAUUAGUAAAAUGUCCAAUAGCAAGUUAGUAAUUGGUUCCCAAAUGCUGCGUGUCUUACAGCUGCUUCUGAAAAUGUUCUGGUCCAAAUUCCAGUAGUCACUGCUUGAUGGUGCUCACAGGCUUUUUCCAUUAGCCCCAAACUCUGGUCCAUACAGGGCUACUGUAGAGAAAAUAUGUUGGUACCAGCAUCCCAGUUUCUGACAUGUCAUUGAUUAAAGGUUAAUCUCUUUUUGUGCAUCAGGUAUUUUAUACUAUUUCCAACUAAAAUCUGUGGGCUUGGACAAUUCUAUGGGUUCCCAUUUAGUGGCAUAUUUAGCAGGUAUACUGGAUAAAGGACAAGUUUACAUGCCUUCAGUUUUAGAAUAUUAGAUAGUCUAUAUAAUCCCCAGUCAGAUAUAAAAUACAUCGCAAUGCAUUCAGGAAAAGGAGAUACAUUCAGUUCACAUGAAGUUCAUUUAAAUAAUUCAGUUUUAAUCUCAACUUUUAAUUUCAUCAAACAUUUCAUGGCUAAGUCUCCCAAACUAACUGUAGUCAACAUUAGGAUUUCACCAACAGUUUUAAGAACCUCAGUGCAUUGGUCUGCCAUGUCAAAGAGUACUAGAAGAGCUUACUCUUCACUCACUGACCAUCUUAACCACACCUGCUGAUUCUUAACCAAACAAGGAUCAGACUAAAGGAUGCUGACUCUUUUCAUUAGUCUUUAUGAGACAAUUGCCGCAGAUGAUUUGAGGUAACAUUUUUCAUUGUCCUUUUUGCCUUUCGGCUUUGUUAAUUCCUCCAGACUAAGGUAAAUAGAACAGAUUUGUUUAAAGCUCUUCAAAGUUGGGAUAUACCAGGAGCUCCCAUUGGUCUAUGUAAUUUCUAAUAGUGCUUCAUUAAGACCUUUUUGAUCCUAUCAGUGUCCAACCUGCUGGAAUGAGUCCCUUGAUUCUUCCUUUUGUCUUUCCCAUUCUCUCUUGACUCAUUUUAUUUUAGCUGUCAGUUGUUUCAGCAUGUUAUCUGUCCCUUUGUUGGAAACCCUGAAGCUAGUGUCUGUAGCUUAGAUCAGCUAAAAUUCAAGCAUGGCCCAGCAUCAGAAAUUGCCUCAAUACUUUACUGUCAUUUUAGCUGUUACACAUAGUAACUGAGAGACUGUAUAUUUAGCAUAUUUCUUGUCAUUUUGCAUUUCCUUAUGCAUCCAGUGAGCCAAUUCUUUGGGAGUUAGAUUUAUCAUUUCUAAAUUCCAGUGGUGACUUUUACUUCUAGUAACUGUUUGCAACACGGGCUACUUCACACCAUGGGUUGCCCAAAUCAAAGAUUUGUCAACUCCCACCCUCUUAUUCUUCCUUUUCCCAAACCAUUCUUUUGCUGUAUUUCAGUGAGUCAGGGUAAUUCUAGUGAGUCCCACUUCUGACAUCACCUAUGAUCAGGAGUUCCCAAGACUACCCUAAAUAAAGUUCAAUGAUUCACUAAAAGGACUCGAGAAAUUCAGAAAAACCAUUACAUUAAUGGUUGUGGCUUAUUACAGUGAAAUGUUACAAACUAAAAUCAACAGAAUUGAUUUAGGGUGGAGUCUAGGAAAGACUAGUUGUCUUCUCCCAGUGGAGCUUCAUAGAUAGCACUUACUUUUUCCAGCCAUGAUGAGAGCUAACACUCAUGAAGUACUGCUAAUCAGGGAAGCUCAUCCAGCCUUGGUGUCCACAGUUUCUAUUAGGGACCAGUUAUGUCUGCAAGGAAUGUCCAUGUGGCCAGCCUUCAUUAUUCAGUUCCCAGCCUCUCCAUCCAAAAUUAAUACAAUGUGGCCCAGAGCCCUCCACCACAACUCACAUUAGCAUAACUAUCUGAUGUGACCCAAGGCCCCAAGUAGACAAAAAGACUCUGAACAGGCAGAAUAUUUCAGAGUCUUAGAGAUUAUCUCUCAGGAGUGGGUAAGGUCCAAAUCUUUCUUUGGAUGUACAGGGUUUGGACAACACAGGCCAUCUGAGUUAAUCCUGACUACACAAUGAAAGUACCUGUUCUUCCAUACUCUCAUUAAUGCUGUUAAUCAUCCAUUCUAGAUUUUAACAGUCUGAUAUUGUUUACUUGAUAUGUGUUUUUUGUUAAUGUAUUCUUUAUGGAUGAGACGAAACAUUGUAUCUACUGACUUUAUAUAAGCUGUCUGAUAAAAUCCUUUGCCCAUUUUGCUAUUUGUUGGACUUUUCUUCUUCUUGAUCUGUAAGUGCUUUCUGUCUAUGCAAGAGAUUUGUUUACUGUGUCUUAUAUGCUGCAUGCAUUUUUUUUCUCAGUUUGUCAUUUGCCUUUUGUCUUUGGCAUGCAUACAUUUGUAAUUUUUAUGUAGUUAUUUUGUCUAUCAUUUUUUAAAUGACUUCUGGGGUUUUGAAAUUUUCUUACUUCUUUCUUGGUAAUGUCAGAGUGUAUUUUUUGUGAUUAAAUUUUUGAUCCAUCUGGAAUACAUUUUGAUAUAAGAAGUAAACUUCCAAUCCAGUCCUAUUAUUAAAUGCCUGGUGAAUUGUUCCAACAAAACUUAUUAAAUAAAUUAUUUUUUUCUACCCACUUACAAUGUCCACAUUUAUGAUAUACUAAACUCUUAGGUCCAAUUUUGGAUUCUGUUCCAUUAGUUUUCCUUUGAUAUGCCAGCAUGAACACUAUUACUAUGGCUUUUAAACUAUAAUUAUGUGGUAAACUUAGUUCCUUACUGUUUUACUUUGUUCAAGAUUUUUCUGGCUACUUUUGCCUUAUUAUGUUUCUAUAUAGAAUCUAAAAUAAUCUUUCCUAGUUGUCCUAAAAUAAAUAAGCUGGUAACUUUAUUGUAAUCACAUUAAAUUUAUAGAUUAACUUAAGGAGAGUAACAUUUUUAGAAUUGUACCUUCCUAUCCAAUAAUAAGAUUUGUCUCACCAUUUAUUCUAGUUUUCCUUUAUCUCCCUUAUCAUAGUUUUAAAUUUUUUUCCUGAACUAAGUUUAUUUUAUGGCAUUUUAUUUAUUUUGUUGCUAAAACUAAAUAUUUUUCUUGUGAAUAUAGCAAUUUCAAAUAGAAUAUUUAUUACAUUAUAUUUUCUAACUUGUUUAUAUACAGGAAAGUUAUUGUUGUAUUAAUUUUGAAAAUUGUCAUCUUUUGUUUCUAAUAUUUAAAUUAUCAUAUAUGUUCCAAUUAUACAGUUAUAUUAUCCUGUAUUCAUAUAAUUAUAUCUCCUCAUUUCCAGUUUUUAUAUCUUAUAUUUCUUUUUUGUAUUAAAUGCAUUGACUGGUACAGUAAAAAAAAUAUUUGAUAAUGUUGCCUUUAUCUUAUUCUUCAUUUUAAUGGGAAUAGGUUUACUGUUUUCUCAUUAAGCAAAUAAUAUUGACUUCUGGUUUAAAAUAAAUUUUUUUGAUUCUGGUAAGGAGUUACCCACUUAUAUUAUUAAGAAAACUUUAUCAGAAAUAAUUACUAAACUUUAUUAAAUGACUUUUUAACAUCCAUGGGGUGGAAGGAUUAUGAUGUUCUUAUUUGACCUAUUAUUUUGGUGAGUGAUGUUAGCUUCUUUAAUAUUGAACCAGAUGUAUAGUAUUGAAAUAAAGUGCAGUUAG